CCCCCAAUAUUAGAGGUUAGGGCUUUUUACGAUUUGCUCGUUUCCUUUGUCACAGCAACAGAGGGCUCACAAUCACCCGUUUCCGUUUCCAUUCCUCUCUGAUCCAUCCCCUCCAACUUUCCGGCGGUUCUGGACGUCAUUCAGGAAAGUUAUGGAUUCAAGAAGAAACAUACCUUCAGCAUAUAAUGAGCGUGAAAGGAUGAUGCGUCGUGAUCAAUUACCUCCCACACACUAUCUUUCAACAGAACCACUUGUUCCUGAACUACUAGAUCGCAAAUUGGCCACCCAGGCAGUGGAAAUAGAGCAACUUACUACAGACAAUCGUAAGCUGGCAGCUAGUUAUAUGGCCUUGAGGAAAGAACUUGCUGAUGCAAAAGUGGAAGCAGAAAAAAUAAGAGAAAAUAUGAGAAGCACACAGAAUGAAGGUGAUAUUCAAAUUCGCAUUUUGUUGGACAAGAUUGCAAAAACGGAUGCUGAUACCGGAGUUUGGGACACAAUGAAGAGAGAACUUCAAGUAGACAAUGCUGAAGCUCGGAGAUUGAUGUCAGCUAAGCUAGAGUUGUCUGUAAAACUUGAGCAGGCCACCAAGGAAUUGGAUAUCACAUGCGAAAAUAUUGAAAAAAAUCCGGAUAUGCGUUUGGAACUUGCUAGCCUGAGGCGAGAAUAUCAGAGGUUACGCAAGACUUUUGAGUAUGGAAAAUGCACAAACGUGGAGAAAGUGGAACAACUGAAGAUUUUGGAGAGAGACCUGAUUGGGGUAGCGGAAGAAGUGGAUAUUUUGCGUGCUGCGGUGUUGAAUGCUGAGACGAGGGCUAGCGGUAAUCAUUUCUCUUCAUAUAGCAGUUCGUAUAUGAACUUGGAUGGUAGAUAUCCACUUCCCUACCACGGUAAUGGUAGUUACUCAAACAGUUUCGGUAUAGCUCAUCCUUAUAUAGUUAAUGGAGCUCUACCAGAGGUGAUCAAUCCGUAUGACAGUGUCGGUAUAGCUCAUCCUCAUAUAGUUAAUAGAGGUCCAGCGGAGAUGAUUUAUCCAUAUCACAAUGUUGGGUUUCCAGUCGGCCCCGUUGGCGCUGCUUGGGGAGGGUUUUAUACUUCCUCACCAGUAGUUGGCGCUCCCCCUUUCAGUUCUCCUCCGGUGAGUAAUAUUGUUUUUGAAGAGGUUAGUGAUCUGUCUAAUGCUUAGAAGUAGAUAUCAUCAACUGCAGUAAGAUCUUGAACAAAUGUCAGUAAUUUUAUGGCAUUUUUUAUCAGUGAGACGCAUAUUAUAAUGAA